GUCCGGGGCGCCGGGCGGCGGCCAGUGAUGGCGGAGGAGCAGGACGCCGAGGGGCGCGCGGCGGCGCGGCCGCUGCUCACCGACCUGUACCAGGCCACCAUGGCGCUGGCCUACUGGCGCGCCGGCCGGGCGCACGACGCGGCCGAGUUCGAGCUCUUCUUCCGCCGCUGCCCGUUCGGCGGCGCCUUCGCCCUGGCCGCGGGGCUGCGCGACUGCGUGCGUUUCCUGCGCGCCUUCCGCCUGCGGGACGCAGAUGUGCGGUUCCUGGCCUCGGUGCUGCCCCCGGACACAGACCCCGCGUUCUUCGAGCACCUUCGUGCCCUCGACGGCUCCGGGGUGACGGUCCGCGCCCUGCCCGAGGGCUCCCUCGCCUUCCCCGGCGUGCCGCUGCUGCAGGUGUCCGGGCCGCUGCUGCUGGUGCAGCUGCUGGAGACGCCGCUGCUCUGCCUGGUCAGCUACGCCAGCCUCAUCGCCACGAACGCCGCGCGGCUUCGCCUGAUCGCAGGACCGCAGAAGCGGCUGCUGGAGAUGGGGCUUCGGCGCGCUCAGGGCCCCGACGGGGGUCUUACGGCGUCUACCUACAGCUACCUGGGCGGCUUCGACGGCAGCAGCAACAUGCUGGCAGGACAGCUGCGCGGCGUGCCGGUGGCCGGGACCUUGGCACACUCCUUCAUCACUUCCUUUUCAGGCACUGAGGUGCCCCCUGACCCGAUGUUGGCUCCAGCUGCUGGGCAGGGUCCCAGAGUGGACCUGGCCGCCUGCGUGGAGACGUGGCUGGAGCGUGUGUGUGGCCACCUGGGACUGGGGGUGCAGCAGCCACACCGGGGGGAGCGGGUGGCCUUUGUGGCCUAUGCCCUGGCCUUUCCCCGGGCCUUCCAGGGCCUGCUGGACACCUACAGUGUGCGGAGGAGUGGUCUCCCCAACUUCCUGGCUGUGGCCCUGGCACUUCACGAGCUGGGCUACCAGGCAGCGGGCGUGAGGCUGGACAGCGGAGACCUGCUUCAGCAGGCUCGGGAGGUCCGCGGCGUCUUCCGAACGGCCGCGGCCCAGUUCCAGGUGCCCUGGCUGGAGUCGGUCCCCAUCGCCGUCAGCAACAACAUUGAUGAGGAGGAGUUGGCAAGGCUGGCCCAGAAGGGCAGUGAGGUGGACGUCAUCGGCAUUGGCACCAGCGUGGUCACCUGCCCUCGCCAGCCUUCCCUGGGCUGUGUCUACAAGCUGGUGUCCGUGGGAGGCCAACCGCGGAUGAAGCUGACCGAGGAGCCCGAGAAGCAGACGUUGCCUGGGAGCAAGGCUGCCUUCCGGCUCCUGGGCUCCGAUGGGUCUCUGCUGUUAGACGUGCUGCAGCUGGCAGAGGAGCCGCCUCCCCAGGCUGGCCAGGAGCUGAGAGUCUGGCCUCGAGGGGCCCAGGAGUCCUGUACGGUGAGGCCUGCCCACGUGGAGCCACUGCUGCGACUCUGGGUGCAGCAGGGACAGCUGUGUGAGCCCCUCCCAUCGCUGGCGGAAUCUCGAGCCUUUGCCCAGCAGUCUCUGAGCCGUCUGAGCCCCGCCCAUCGGCUGCUGGAGCAGCCUGCGCUGUACCAGGUCGCGUUAUCCGAGAAGCUCCGGGCCCUGGUGGACAGGCUGAGUGCCAGAGGCGCCCUCUGAGAAUCCCAUGCUGGGAGCUGCCUGAAAUUAACAUGAGUCACUCAUUGUCCCCACAA